CGCUUGCCCCGGAAGCGGAAGCGGACGUAGACGGAGUCGCGCUUCCCGUCUGCGGGUGAGCGGAGGCCUCGCGCAGCCGCUGCUUCUCCGCCUGCCGGGGACUUGCGGCCGAAACUCGGCGCCUAGGCCCCGGCCGCAGCCAUGGAGGAGGCCGAGACCGAGCGGCGGCGGCGGAAGCGGCGGCGGCAGGAACAACAGGACGUGGCGGAGAAGCGGAGCCCCCGGCGCUCCCGCUCCGCCCGGGGCAGCCAGUCCCCCCCUGCCGAGCGGGAGCAGGGCCCGGCCCGGCCGGGCCGCAGCAGGUCACCAGCAAAAAGAAAGAACAAGUCCUCUGCUAAAAGAAGCAAGUCUCCUCGAAGUAAAAGAAGUAGAAGCCCUCAUCAUAUUGUAGUCAAAGUAAAGCAGGAGCGAGAUGACCAUUCCCGGAGAGGACAUGAGGAACGACAGCACAGAGAUCAGUCAGAGCAAGAACACAGACGAGAAAGAAAUGGUGACAGAGACAGACACAGAGAUCAUUCAAAGAGAAGGAAAAAUCCCAAUGAAAGGCCAGGAGGUCGAGGGUAUGAAAGAGAGAGGGAUGCCCAAAAUCUCCGUGAGCAGCAAGUGGAGAGGGAAUUUUAUAACGAGAGAAGACGUGAGCAUCGCCAGAAGAAUGAAUCAAGCAGUGGUGAUGAGACUCUGGACCUUGGUAAACCUGAUGGUGAAAAUAAAGACAAAGAUCCAACAAAUAAGGAGAAACCAAGUUUUGAACUGUCUGGUGCACUCCUAGAGGAUUCAAACACCUUCCGAGGUGUUGUGAUUAAAUAUAGCGAGCCCCCGGAAGCUCGGAUUCCAAAGAAACGAUGGCGUCUCUACCCUUUUAAGAAUGAUGAAGUUCUCCCAGUCAUGUACAUUCACAGACAGAGUGCUUACCUGCUGGGCAGGCACCGAAGAAUCGCAGAUAUUCCUAUUGACCACCCCUCUUGCUCCAAACAGCAUGCUGUGUUUCAGUAUCGGCUUGUGGAGUACACCCGUGCCGAUGGUACAGUUGGCCGCAGAGUCAAGCCUUACAUCAUUGACCUUGGCUCUGGCAAUGGGACUUUCCUAAAUAACCAACGGAUUGAACCUCAACGUUACUACGAAUUGAAAGAAAAGGAUGUGCUGAAGUUUGGAUUCAGCAGCAGGGAGUACGUCCUUCUCCACGAAUCUUCAGAUACAUCUGAGGUGGACAGGAAACCAGAGGAGGAGGAGGAGGAAGAGGAGGAGGAGGAGUCAGACAGUUAACAGACCAGAAAGAGACUUCAAAGAUCUUCUUUCAAUAGAACUUGAAUCUGGAUAUGAAAGUUGGAGCAUCACAGCACUGAUGCCUCUUAUUGCCUUAAAGUCUUUCCUCUGUUGCUGAUCAGCUCUCGCUGUAGUUUAUUUUGGGAAACUCCUGACUUAUUCAUCUCCUUUGUAGUUUUGAAACUCAUCUGGAAAUACAGCCUUUGCUUUAAGAGGAUUUUCCCUAAUAACAAGAAAAAAAAUAGAAGGCACCUGAAAGAGAGAGUUCCAGUGAUGGAGCUCUUCAUCAGACGUAAAAAUAAAUAUGUAAGGUUGUACUUAAAGGAUAUGGAACAAAAUAGGCAUUUUUAAAAAGAACAUGGUUUUGCAAACUGUUUUGUCGACAAUCCUUUGAAAUUGCUCCUUUAUUUUUAACUAGAAUCUUAGUUACAGUGAACAUGAUCUAAUGUUUUGUAGUGUCCAAUUAUUUGAUGUGAUUUGCUGAAUUGUACACCCAGAGCAAACCACUCACUAAGGGAAGGAAUUGACCAGGUUUGUUUUCAUUGAAAAGGAAGAUAUGCUGCAAAUCUUCUUUAUAUUCAUAUAAUUUGGGUAGCCAGUUUGCAUUGAAAUGAUUUUUCAGGGAAGGACAUUUCACCGGAAUACCUUGUAAUUUAUAGGCAGUGUAGUUUGAAAUGAAAGAAAAUGCUUCAUGGGACCUUAAGUUAUGAUAGUGUGGCUUGCUGUUGAAGGCUGUGUGCACUCAGUAUGUUGUAAAUGUUUGCUGACAUUGCCUCUGGAUACUGAUUUUUGUCCAUAUUUGAAGCUAGAUUUUUUGUUACUUUGACACCACUCUGCCCCAUGAAUCUUUUCACAUUUCUGCAUUUAAUUAUAUGUUACCAUCAAAAAGAAAAAUAUCCAAUGUUUUAACCAUCAUUUGCACUAUUAUUUUUUAAUUUUAGUUUGUGGAAAAUAUUAUACUGUCAUGUCUGAAAUACUCCUUUUCACCUGCAUGUAACAGAAAACAGUCAAUACUUUAUAAUUGUGAAAAGUUUGUUUCCGAGAAACAUUUUCAAAACUUGGAACUAUUUAGAUUUGCAUAUAUUCAGACAUCUUCCUCCUGAGUUUUAUCUUGAAACAAGAAAUAUAACUUAUUUCACUUUGAUUACUAAUUUUCCCUCGCAUUUGUGAUUUAUGGGCACAUACUGCCUUCAUGUGUUAUGUAUAUACACACAAGAAGUAUAUACAUACACACACACACACACUCUCACACAACUAAAGUUUAUUGUGUAAAUAUGGGGUAUAAAUGCAGGUUUUCAAACAGUAGGCAUAAGAAGAAUGUGCUUUGGAUAGCAGACUGUCCUUUAUAUGUACUCUGGGGUUUUUAAAUAAAGAAUUUAUAAAUUUAGCCCUAGCUGCCUUUAGUUGUAAUGUUUUUCUAGUGUCCAACUUGGUUUUGCUUUAUAUUCUCUGAAAUAGAUACUAUAUAUAUUUUUAAUAAAAACCCACAAAUAAAAAAAGAUAGGGUGGGGGAAAUUCUAAGAUUGAGAGUAUAAAUUGCUUAGAAUGCUGUGAUACAUUCAGCAAGGAAAGGCUAGAUAGGUGAAACGUAGAUAAUUCUAGAAUUGUAUUACAGUUUGGUAAUUCAUUACUUUUAUUUUUUGUUAAUACUAUAGUACUACUUUAUUUCGUCAUAAAAAGCAGGAGUACCACUCAUAGGAUGAAAUCUCUCAUCUUUAAAAAUGGCAUUAAUGUGGUAUCAUGGCUCAGUGGCAGAUCUGCGUGUGUACACUUGAAGAUUUUGUUGUGUGUUUGCUUUAAAAUCGGAGUGAUCACAUGUAAUUCAAACCCGCGCUGAGUAUACUUCUCGCAGAGCUGAGUAAUCUCUCACUUCUACCAGCACCACCCAAGCCAUCCUAGUUUUUGGUGUCUGUGUGCCACCUGUGCUGUUGCAUGUUUAUUUUGUAAUCUGCAUGUACACCCAUCAGGUACUGAGGUCACCAAAGACUCCAGCUAGGUGAUUUUAUGUUCUACUCUGGCAGAUCCUAUCUGUACACUCUUAAAAAAUGCAGUGAGUUUGUUUUGAAAGUGAGAGAGGGGUGCAUAUGGCUCAAACCAGAGCUGUGUGCACAUCUGCUAUUGCUGGGCAAUGCCUGAAACCCUUGCGUGGCUGCAUGAUAUCUAACCAAGUUUAGUGUCUGUGAUUUCCUGUUGUGUUGUAUCUUCUGGAAUGUGGACAUAUAUCCAUUAAGGAGUGCUGAGAUCACCAACCGUAUUAGAUAUAUGACCUGACAGGUUCGACCAGUACUAUGAAAGAUGGGCUAGUUUGCCCUAAAUCUUUACUUUUUUCAGAAAGUGUCACCAGCACAUUUGGAUUAUUUUUAAAAUUAAAAUGUUGGCUGAAACUAGCUCAACAAGUUUAACCUAGUUAGACAAAACAGAAUAUAUAAAGCCUAAUAAAGUGCAGUACUUAUUUCUUUUUAAUAAAUGCGACACUGGCCCAUUAGAAUGGAUCUUCCUUCCACAAAGAGAAGACCCAGAGCUCAAAUACUCAUAGCUGUGAUGUAAAGGUGGGAUGAAAAAUAUGAGUAGAACACUUUUUUCAGAUUUGUUCACUAUUUAUACACCUCCUGAAUGUUGCUGAUUUGUGACCCUAUCAGCUCCAUCUAAGGAGCGGCAUUGAUUUGCUUCAGGCUGAAGCCAUGUCCAAUCAUGAAGUAUGAUGAAAUGUCUAGUGACAUUCCUAAAUAGUGUACGAUGUGAUAAUUUGUGAAUUACCCUUUUCAGACUUGAUUACACUGUGUACAAUAGCACAAAACUAUUAUUUUGAUUUUGUUGUACUGCAUCAGUUGGGGUCGUUUUUUAUGCUAGACCAAACGGGUUUCUUGUGGUGGAAUCCAACAACUGUAAUACACCAACACUGAGUGGUGGUGUGAAAACCAAAGCAACCCUCUUUCUAAAUGCAACAUCCAAAUUUACUUGCAAAUGAUUUCUUGCCUUUGUUUUAGUGUAAAAUCUGAUGACUCUUUGUAUCAGGCCAUGAAAACCCUUAAGAUGCCUGCAGAUAUGCAUGUAUGUAAAAUUAGGACUAUUAAUAUUAUGCAACUGAUGUGCUUAAGUGUUUGCCGGAUUGGGCCUAUAAAUUGACCUGCUUGGACAAUAUAAGAAUUUUACUCAGUAUUUCUUUCCGUCACUCUGUCCUGCUUUUCCUGGGAACUAGCUUGCCCCAAUGUGGGCAUGUGCCAGCCCAGUGAGUACCAAUACAAUGUAAUGUUUUACUGUUGGUGAUUGAAGUAUUGGUUCAAAUAUGAUGUUUUUAAUUUUCCUUAAGAUAUUUUUAAAAGAUGCAGGCUUUUAAAUAAUUUAAGGCAGUUCAAGCUGCCAUUUGCUAAGCAUCACAGAGGUUUACAUUUUGUGACAUCUUUCCAUUUGGAACAGAGUUUUACCUAUGGGAAAACUUUGUUUUACUACAGUAUGUGGAAAUAUCCCAGUUGUAUCUUUUUUGAAUGGUUGUGUCUACACUUUGUUAUAAAUGGCACAGUAUUUAGCAUACAGUAUGUUCAAAAGUACGUUAAGUUUGUAUCAAGUCAAAUGUAUAAAAUCCAUUUUAAAUUAAAAUUCUAGAAUUUCA